AUGGAUUAAUAAGAAUCAGCUAGAUCAAUCAAUAUAAGUGUUAUAUGAAAAUAUUAUUAGUUUAGGUUCUUCAAGAUAUUCUGAUAAAUUUUAACCAUAAUUAAUACAGAUCAAUUAGUAGCAAAUCUAAAAAAAUAUAAAGGAUAGUUAAGAAUUUAGUCCCAUAGAUGAAAAAUCUUAAGAAGACAUUGUGAAAGAGAAACAAUAGAGAUAAAAUAGAGGCAAUUUUAAAAAAUCCUUAAAUUACAAUGUAUGAAUAUUUUAAAAUUAAUUUUAAGUCAACAUCAAUAAACCCAUAAGAUAAGGGAUAAAAUAUUAGAGGUAAUAAAAUCAUGUAGUUGAUAAAGCAUAAGAAUUUUAUACUAAAAUUUAAAGAGAAAUUAUUUCAUUUGGGUCAUAUAUAUCCAAGGAAACCUAAUGAAAAGCUAUCUCAUUUUUUGGAAGAGUAAUAUAUCCAUUAAAAUCAUCAUCAUUCUAAAUAAAGUUAAUAAGAAUAAAAAUUUGAAUAAGGGAUUAUAGAACAAUAUUAAAGUGUUGAGAAUGUUUAAUAAGGAAUAAGAAUACCUAUAAUAAAUCCAACAGGUAAAUUUUAUCUAUUUUGGUAAUUAUUAAGAUUGAUAUAAAUUAUUUUUUUAUUAUGGUGGGUUCCAUUUAAAAUCUCAUUUAAUCCUCCUAAGACUUCUACAAUGUCAUAGAUUGAAACUAUUUUAAUCUAUCUUUUUAUAGCUGAUUUGUUAAUAAAAUUAAAUAAAGGGAUGAUUGACUAAGGUUAAAUUGUUUAUAAUAGAUUUAGAAUAUUAAAGCAUUAUAUUAUUAAUGAAUUAUAUGAAGAUGCAAUAUAUCUAAUAACAUUGACACUUGUUAUUGGUAAUGAUCCUAUAGCAAUAUCUUUUUUUCCAGAAAUAAUAGUUUUGAUUCAAUUUACUUUUAAUUUUAUUAAAUUAAAGAAAACAAUUAAUAGAUAUGGAGAAAUGUUUGCAGUCUAAUCAACAUUUACAGAAUUGGCUAGUUUAUCAUAAUUAAUAAUAUUAAUAUUCUAUUUUGCUCAUUUUAUGGCAUGUAUCUGGUAUUAUGUUGGAAACAUAAGUUAAGAAUCAUUUUCAAAUUCUUGGAUACAAUAAUAACAUUUAGAAGAUUCACCAUUAUUUCACAAAUAUGGAUAUUCUUAUUAUUGGGCCACAGCAACUAUGGUUACUGUUGGAUAUGGUGAUGUCACUCCAUAAAAUAUAUAUGAAGUGAUUUGUGCAAUCAUAAUGAUUUUUUUUGCAAGUGUUGUUUUUGCAUUUUCAAUAAAUGCUAUUGGAGUAAUAUUUUCAAAUAUUGACUUAUAAAAAUAAUAUUAUAAACGAAAUCUAAUCUUAAUAAAUUAGUAUAUGAAUACAAAUGAGGUUUCAUCAUAAUUAUAGAGUAGAGUUCGUAAUUAUUUGAAAUAUUAUUAUGAAUAAUAAGUGAAAGGUAAUAAUACUGAAAUUAAUUCUAUUCUUGAAAAGUUAUCCUAUAAUUUAAAAUAAGAAUUAUUAGAAGAUGUUUAAAUAAGAGCAAUCACAUGUGUUGACUUUUUCACAAAGAACUUUUAAUCAUCAACUAUUCAUUAGAUUGCAUGUAGAAUGAAUAUAUAAUAAUAUACUCCAAGAGAGAUUAUAUGUUAAUAAAAUUCUGUAGAUGAACAUUCUAUAUAUAUUAUUUAAAAAGGUGAAAUUUAAAUAAUUGAUGAUAAUUCAGGAAAAGUUAUUUAGAAAUUAAUUAAAGGAUAAUGUUUUGGAGAAAUUGAAUUUUUGACAACUCAGAAAAGGUAAUACAAAGUUAUAAGUACAACUUUUAGUUCCAUUUAUAGAAUUACAAGAGAAAUGUUUUUAGAUAUUGUAUCAGAAAACUAAAUAGAUUUUUAGAAAUAUUGUGAAUUAAGAGAUAGAGUAAUAUUUCAAUAUUAGGAUCUGCCAAUCAAAUGUUUUGGUUGUGAUGGUGAUCAUUUAUUAUUAAAUUGUCCUUAUUUAACUUAUAAACCAGAAAAGGAAGUUUUAAUUAAAAGAUAAUUAUAUCAUUCUAUAUAAUAAAGAUCUUAAUUUCAAAGAAAGAAACUUAGAUAUUUAAGAGUAUUAAAUUAAAAUGAUGAACAUGAACCACCUUAAAGAAGUUCAAAUAAAUAGAUUGAACAUGAAUUAUCUCAACUCUCUUAAGAAUCAUUAAAUAAAUAAUAUUCAAGUUUAACUGGUAGUGAACAUAAAAAUAAUACAAAUAAUAAUGAAGAAGUUGGUUAAUAAAUUAAACAACGUAUAUCAUUAUGGAUGUCUAAUCCAGAUCAUUCUUUUAUAGAAUAAAAAAGUAAUUAAAUUUGUUAAACUAGAAUCUUUGCAGAAAAAUAAUUUAAUUAAUAGUGAUACUCCAACACAUAAACAAACUAGAAAGUCACUUUAUAUUUAAUCAUAAGAUCAUCAUUCAAAAAAACAUUAAUUUCUUUAAGUUAAUGAAUAAUAAUAAAUAAUUAAUUCCCCAAAAAAUUCAUAAAUAAAAACAUAAAAAUAAUAAUAAUAUUUUAAUUAAUUAGAAUAUUUACAAUCAUACCAUACAUUCAAUUAUGAAUUAGAUAAAAUUGAAAUCUUUCAAAUUUAUUUUCCUUAAAAUAAUAUCUAAAAUGUUAUUAGUAUGUUUUAAAAGUAAUAAAAGCAAUCUAAAUUCUAUAAAAUAUAAUUAGUUACCAAUAAAUAUCGUUUUAUUUAUGUGUAGAAAAUACCAAUUUAAUAAAUACCUAAAAAAUCAAUGCAAAAAAUAAACAGUUAUAUUUGA